AUUGAAAAGAUUUUUUUAUAAGUGUUUAUGAAGUAUUUAAGAAUUUGAUAUCGGAUUAACACGUAGAACACAAUGGUGUUUAUUUACUUUUUCGUCAUUAUCAUUGUAACGUCAACUCCAGCAUGUUUUGGUUCGACUAAGCGUAAUUUGUCAGCCAUAGCCAGUGACGAGCAAGCAGAUCUCUCUCCAUCCUAUUUCAGCGAAAUUAAGAGUCUAUAUCUACAAAAGAAGUUUUCAGACGUGGUUUUAAUUGUAGAUAAUGAUAGAAUUCCCGCUCAUAAACUUGUGUUAGCUUUAAACAGCGAAUAUUUUAGCGCUUUAUUCUAUAGAGGUCUUUUGGAAACCUUUCAGACGGAUGUGACACUCGAGUUGGAUGGAGCUUCUGUAAACUCAUUUAAAAUACUUCUUAAGUACGCAUAUUCGGGCCAAUUGAAUUUAGGAAACUUAGAGAGCAACGACAUUAUAGAAUUAUUUGGUCUUUUGAAUUUAUUUAAUUUUCCUAAAGCAUUAAUUGGACUGUCCAAGUAUUUGGGUGGUAAAAUUGAUGUCCAUAAUAUGUUCCCGAUGUUUGGUCUGGCACAUCAUUAUCAACAGAAAGAACUUACAGCAGAAUCACUUAACUUUAUGGACAGCCACGCUUUGCGUAUAUUACAGUCCCAAGAUUUUUUGUCUUUGCCACCCGAAGCCAUACAAAAAAUUCUCAUUCGGGACACGUUUUAUACUCCUGAAUUGGAUAUAUUCCGCGCGGUUUGUCGCUGGAUCAAAGAGCAUAAAGACAACAUAGACCUUGAAGAUAGAACCAAAGUAUUAUCAAACGUGAGAAUUACUUUAAUAAAUAUUGAAGAACUGUUGACUGUUAUCGAGGAAACGCAGCUGGAUAAUUUGGACAUUUUAGAAGCCGUAGAAUUGAGAAAAUUAUUGUCAUCACGUAAACGUGAAACUCCAAGACAUCCAAACCCCAAUUCCAUAGCUAGUUCGUCUCAAGCUACUCGUAAAAUUAUACAUAAAUAUGGAGGCACAAAUUAUUAUGAUAAUUGAUAAAAUAUUAUAACCAAUUUUUUUUUCUUAAAAUGUAUUAUUAUCUAUAAAAAAAACUUUUAUCUGGUCAAAAAUAUAGAAUAUAUACAAAAAAAACCUCAA